AUGGCAAUGAUAGCAGCGCAGAGAGAAACAGCAGCCCCCACCGAAGUCUACAAGCGACACCAGAAGAUCAGUCACGUGACUCACACGAAGCCAGCCGAUGAUCCGCGCUCUGUUCCUUAUCUCGCCGGCGCGUGCUCGCACUUGUCGCAGCAUUAUUACGUCAGCCGCCUGUCGCCAGUUAUCUUCACUCAGGCCAAUAUGUCAGAAGACAAGAAUAACUCCUCUCACCUAAUGCAGGCGCUAAUUAACCUAACAGCAGGGGCAAUGGGUGGCGUGGCUUGCGUGGUUAGUGGACAACCUUUUGACACAGCAAAGGUGAAGAUGCAGGCUUUCCCAUCCAUAUAUCGAGGCUUCCUGGAUUGUGCUGUGCGCACGUAUAACACAGAGGGGCUGCGUGGGUUGUAUCAUGGUACGACCCCUGCCCUGGUGGCAAAUGUGGCAGAAAAUGCAGUUCUUUUUGCAUGUUAUGGGUUCUGUCAGAACAUUGUUGCUCAAGCCCUGGGGCUUCGAGAUACAUCACAGCUCAGUGACUGGCAUAAGGCUGCUUCUGGUUCCCUAGCUUCAGUUUUCUCCUCCCUGGUCCUUUGUCCUACGGAAUUGGUGAAGUGCCGCAUGCAGACCCAGCAUGAAAUGCGUAUGUCAGGCUACAUAGGUGUACCUGGGAAAAGCGGUCCAUGGUCUGUUGUUCGUGCUAUCUUAAGUUCAGAUGGUGUGCCUGGUCUGUUUCGUGGGCUCAGUAGCACAUGGCUACGGGAGAUUCCAGGAUACUUCUUCUUUUUUGGUGGUUAUGAGCUCAGUAACAGUAUCCUUACUCGCAGACAGACAAGUGACAAGACUCCAGGUGCGCUGGUAGUCACAAUAAGCGGCGGGAUAGGAGGGGCCUGUUUCUGGCUUGCAGUAUAUCCAGUGGACUCUGUAAAGUCGAGAAUUCAGGUUCUAUCUUUAGCGUCGCGUCAAGAAGGCUUCAUCUUGUCUUUGCUGCACAUUUUGAGGACAGAAGGAGUCUUAACCCUGUACAGUGGCCUGAUGCCUACUGUGGUCAGAGCAUUCCCUUCCAAUGCUGCCCUGUUCCUGGCUUAUGAGAUGACAAAGAGGACCCUGACCAAGUGUUUAUAUAGCAGUAACUGA